AUGGAGAAACAUUCACAGGAAUCUCGAGAUCCUCUUCUUCGUCACUCUAUCGAAGAGAACGUCAUUAAUUCAAGUGAUGUCUCGGGCGACCAAAAAGAUGGUUGGUUGCCAAUACGGUCGUGGCUGCGGGGCCACGCUCUUUCCUUGGCGAUAUUAGUCUUGCUACUGUAUAUUGCCGUCGCAUUAACAGUCGAUAUCGCGCUGAGGUUUUCCAUACAACCGUCGAAUGGGAUGUCGGACUAUGUUUUACCUUUAAUGGGAGAUAUCCUACGAUAUGAGGACAGACCUGAAUGGUUUCCUCCGGGAUCUCCCUGGGACCAAGAUCCCUCCGAUGAAUUGGACGAUGCAUGGGACGACUUACUGCAUGCUAUCAAUAUCAGAGUCACAGGCGAUGAACUAGAUAUCCUCGGCAUCAAUAAGACGAACAUGGUCCAGGUGAACGGCGGUGAUUAUAUCGGGUCAAUGGGCGUCUACCAUCAUCUCCACUGUUUGAAUAACCUACGGAUGGUGGUACAUUGGGAUUAUUACGAGCCAAAGUAUCGUGACUCUCCGUACUUCGAUCAUCUUGGAAAAGCACACUCUGAUCACUGUAUCAACGUCCUUCGUCAGGCUGUAAUGUGCCAUGCGAACACUGCAAUAACAACAUUCGAGUGGGUUGAUGGAGAGACUUCGCUUGAUGGCAAGGAACAGAGGCUGGACGCUACGACAACAUGCACGAAGUGGGAGAGCUUUGACAACUGGGCACGUCAGAGACUGCUCAUCGCCGGGAAUUACACAUACCGGCCGGGGCCAUUCGAACGCAAUAAGCCGAAGGCUAAGCCGCACAACAAAGACAUAGAAUAA